AUAAGCAGUUGAUCCAGUACACAACAUGUCCCUUGCUGGCCUUCCUCGAUGGCUGCACCCCUACUCCAGAGGUGGAUUUUGUCACCGGUAGCAGCCCCAGCUCCUCCAACACCCACCUCCAGCCUUCUUCCAGCUCUGGUGCCUCUUUGGAGGCUGAGCCAGUCUCAGAGCUGCUGGACACCGACCUGGAGUCAAAGCAGGCAGCUCACAGCUCCCUGAUCCGCCUGGAGCCUCUGACAGAGGCGGAGGCCAGCGAAGAGACACUAUUCUACCUGUGUGAACUGACACCCGCUGGACUGGAGGCCGACUCCACCCAGCUUGAUGGAAUAUGAGCAGGAAUGGAACUGGUGUGACAGUGAUGCCACUCACACUGAUGUUGGUUCACCACAGACUACAUCCCUCCAUCCUCCAGACUGUACUGACCUUGUGUGUUAAUAUUCCCUCACCUCUCUGGCCUGAUGUGUUUGUUGAGAAGAAAGUUCCAGGCUGGUGUUUUACCACGUACACAUUUUUAUAUGUAAGACUUUUACGUUGAAGAGUUACAGAAAUAAGCCACAUCCUUGUCAUAUGUAGUAGUAAUAAUAAUAGUUUAGCAUUCACACACAUCCUACACAUACUAUACACACAGUAUGUCUGUAUCUGUCCAUUAUUGGUAAACAUCGAUAAAGCUCUCAGAAAUCCUAAAUAGAGGCUGAUCAUGUCUUCACAUCUUUCUCUUCUACAUCAACAGUAAUCCAGCAGACAUCUGUACAUCCCAUGGUUACAUCUGGACUUUCUGGCAGCAUUAUAGUUCCUGUUUACAUAACCCAAAGCAUGAUGGGAACUGUAGUACCAAAACAUUAUUAUCCCAAAUAGAAAUAAAAGAAAAACAAGCAAUGUGACAAACU